UGGAGUCUUCCAGAAGUGGCCGGCAGACCCGUGCGGCUCAGCUCAGCCUCACUCCCCAGUAACACCCUCAAAACCCCCUCAUCGUCCCGGUAAAACUCUCACUGCCUGAUCGCUUUUUCCAGCCAACAUGUCCAGUUUAGGGACACUCGCCUUCGACGAGUAUGGGAGGCCCUUCAUCAUCAUUAAAGACCAGGACACGAAGACCCGGCUGACGGGCAUUGACGCAUUGAAGUCUCAUAUAAUGGCAGCCAAGGCGGUGGCUUCAACGCUGAAGACAUCCUUGGGACCAAACGGUCUCGACAAGAUGAUGGUUGACAGUGAUGGGGAGGUAACCGUCACCAAUGACGGUGCUACUAUUCUCAGCAUGAUGGAUGUGGAUCACCAGAUUGCUAAGCUUAUGGUGGAGCUGUCAAAGUCUCAAGAUGAUGAGAUUGGUGAUGGAACUACUGGAGUUGUUGUGCUGGCUGGUGCCCUGCUGGAGCAGGCUGAGCAGCUGCUGGACCGCGGUAUCCACCCCAUCAGGAUCUCGGACGGUUAUGACCAGGCUGCCCGUAUCGCCAUUGAACAGCUGGACAAAAUGGCAGAAACCUUUCCCUUUGAUCCCAACAACAGAGAACCACUCAUUCAGACUGCCAUGACAACACUUGGCUCCAAAGUUAUUAACCGGUGCCACAGACAAAUGGCAGAGAUUGCUGUGAACGCCAUCCUCACCGUGGCAGACAUGGACAGGAAGGACGUCGACUUCGAGCUCAUCAAGAUGGAGGGCAAGGUGGGAGGAAAGCUGGAGGACACACAGCUCGUCAAGGGAGUCAUAGUUGACAAGGAGUUCAGCCACCCUCAGAUGCCCAAGGUUCUGAAAGAUGUUAAAAUUGCUAUCCUGACCUGCCCAUUUGAGCCCCCUAAGCCCAAAACCAAGCAUAAGUUGGAUGUGACCUCUGUGGAGGACUACAAAGCCCUCCAGAAAUAUGAGAAAGAAAAGUUUCAGGAGAUGAUUCAUCAGGUCAAAAGCAAUGGUGCCAACUUGGCCAUCUGCCAGUGGGGCUUCGACGAUGAGGCUAACCACCUUCUGCUGCAAAAUGAGCUGCCUGCAGUGCGUUGGGUUGGAGGGCCCGAGAUUGAGUUGAUAGCCAUCGCCACAGGAGGCCGCAUUGUCCCCAGGUUCUCCGAGCUGACACCAGAGAAACUUGGCGUCGCUGGUUUGGUGAAGGAAAUAUCCUUUGGCACUACUAAAGAUCACAUGUUGGUUAUCCAGGAGUGUAAAAACACCAGGGCGGUUACCAUUUUCAUCCGUGGAGGCAACAAAAUGAUCAUUGAGGAGGCCAAGCGCGCUCUUCAUGAUGCUCUGUGUGUAAUUCGCAAUUUGGUCAAAGACAACCGUGUUGUGUACGGGGGUGGAGCUUCAGAGAUUGCAUGUGCUCUAUCUGUAAACGAGGCUGCAGAUAAGUGUCCAUCAUUGGAGCAGUAUGCCAUGAGGGCAUUUGCUGAUGCUCUAGAGGUAAUCCCGAUGGCGCUGGCUGAAAACAGUGGGUAUAACCCCAUCCAGACCAUGACGGAGGUCAGAGGCAGACAAGUCAGAGAGAACAACGCCUUCCUUGGCAUUGACUGCCUGCGCAACAACACCAAUGACAUGAAGCAGCAACAUGUGAUCGAGACCCUUAUUGGCAAGAAGCAGCAGAUCCUGCUGGCUACUCAGGUAGUCAAAAUGAUCCUGAAGAUCGAUGAUGUCCGAAACCCCGGAGAGAGUGAGGACUGAAGCUCGUUCUUGUAAAGGAAACAGCCCCUUCAACGCUUAAAUGUGCGAAGUGUUCUCGAGGUUUUUGGCACUUCCUCAAGCUCCAUGUCCGAACCGCACUGCUUAUUCCUAUUUAUCAUUUGAUACAAAAUGUCCAUGCUGUUGUAGUGUCCCCCACCAAUAAAAUGUUGGUCAAAGUCUACAA